CCCAGCGCCGGGCCGGCAGCGUGGUAAAAGAGCGGCCGCGCAUCCUGACAGGAGACCGGCGCUCACUGCCGCCGCCCGCCAGGGCGGCUAUGACAGGGCGCCCGAGGCGGCCCCGAGGCGCCUGGCGGACGUUUGCUGACUGGAUCGCGGGUGCCCGCCAGCGUGUCCGCGGUGCCACCGCCGGCACGGGCUGCUCCCGGAGCAUCCACAGGGUGGUGUACCAAGGCGGCAAGGAGGCCGAGGUCGCGCCGUGCCCCGCGGGGCCGCCGGAACCGUGCCUCGCACAGGGCCAGAAGAUGGCCGUCCUGUCCCUGGCCCGUGGCGCCAGUCUCCCGGAGUCCGAGCCUCCCAAGGGCAGCGGCAAGAAGGUUUACGAGAGAGAACGAUGAGGUCAUGUCCAUGGAACCUGACUGGGGACGAGCCUCCCUAUGUGUCCACUGCUUGGACACACGAAUCAACGCGAAGAAAGAGACCUGCAAAGAGCCGCGACAGGAGCGUGGGCCAAACCGUGGGAAGAAACUGCGGAGACUGCUGAACAACCCUUCUGACGACGUCACUCACACGGUUCUGAACGGCUCGCUCUCCACUUACACCAAUAACCUCUUUAUGGUACCGGAGCCUGGCAGGGAAAAGGAUUCUCUUUACCUCUUUGGUGAAGAAUCUCCCUAAAACAGGAGGGGCCAGCAGAAGGACUAAAACCAGAGACCGUCUCAUGCCCCUGAGGAGUGGGGCAGGGUUGGGAGAGCUGGAGCCGCCUCUGCGUGCGGAGCCCUUCUAAGUGCUGCUGGACUGAAAGGGAAAUUAUACACGUGUGUUUGCAUGGCCUUCCCCUCACUCUGCGCUGGCCCCGGGGGUGGGCCAGGCCUCAGAGACCGUGUCCUCAGGGAACAGGCCACACAGGGUGCAGGGAUGCGCUGAGGUCCCACAGCUGCUGGGCAGAGCCAGGACACCCGAGGUCGCCCAGCUCCCAGUCUGUCCCUGGGGGUCUCCAUCCCGAUCUGUGCAGCCUCCCAACCACAGUGCCUAUGGCUUUCAGCCAAUUCCACCUGAAGAGAGCAUUUGGCUUUUGGGGCGCGGUCCCUGCUGGCCACCCCUCCUUGAGGGCAGGAGCAGGGGAGGAGCUGGGGAUCUCCUGGCCUGGACGAGGGGGAAGUGUGUCAAGACAGCCCCCGGAUGGAGCUGUGACAGCAGUGACACCCGCCAGCCUGACGGUGCUGGGCUCCCUGCCAAGCACUUCUGAGCAUUCACUCAU